AUGUUGUCAGUGUUUGAAUCUGGCAAUGGCCAAAUCAACCUGAAAGAUGCAAAGAAGAUUGCAAAUGCUCUUGAGAAAUAUGAGAAGUACAUCAGUUGGGAGGCAAUGGAGCAGGAUAAGGCUGCAUUGGCAGAAUAUGAACAGAGGAAGGGCGAGUUUGAACAGGCACUUUUGAAGGUAGAGGCUCAGGAGGAAUUAAAGAAAAACAAAAAGAGUUCACAGUACAUCCUUGGAUGUAUAAUGAACUGA